CACACCAACAUCCAACAAUGUUUCAGCAUUCAAAUUUCUUCCUAUGUUCCUUCUAAGUUUCACUCUCUUUCCUUUUGUCUUACUCACUUAACUUUUCCUCUAUAAAAGUUAGCAAAGCUAUUCACUCUUUACCCCAAAAUUUAGCCUCUUCCUAUUUUUCCUCCCUAAUCUAAACUAUGGCCGAUGCUAAAGAUUCCUUCAUGAUGGAACCCAAAUCUUCAUCCACAACAACCUCAUCCUCACAAAAAAAUCACAGGACUUUCUUGAUGGUUCAAAACAUCCUCAGAAUCUUAGUCAUUGUUCUAACCGCAGCAGCAAUUGUUGUCACAGUCACCAACAACCAAACCGUUAUGCUGUUCUCUAUUGCGUUCGAAGCUCACUUUUAUUACAUGUCAUCUUUCAAAUUUUUUGUUGCUGCAAAUGGUGUGGUCUGUUUCGUGUCUUUGCUGACACUGUUAAUCAACCUUCUGAUGAAGCAACAAACACCACGACGAAAAGAAUACUAUUUCUUCCUAUUUUUGUUUGAUUUGGUGAUGACGGUGUUGCUGAUAGCUGGAUGUGCAGCAGCCACAGCCGUUGGAUACGUGGGACAGUUUGGUGAGGAACACGCAGGGUGGGUCCCAAUAUGUGACCAUGUGCGAAAGUUCUGCAAUACAAAUUUGGUUUCACUUUUGCUUUCUUAUUUGGCAUUCUUUGCCAAUUUGGGACUCACAAUUUUAAUAGCCUACAAGUGUACAACAUAAAUUUUCUCCUAUCAAUUAUUCACGUUCACAUGGAUCAUCAUCAAUAGUCUCCAAUUGCUGUAACUACUUUCAUGUCUCUCUUGUGUCGUUUCUAUGAAUCUAUAUUUGUAGUAGCUAUAACUUUUUUUUUUCUUUCGGUUUGGUGUUAUGGUUUAGUGACCAACAAAAUGCUAGUACAGCACACAACUACCUUGGGAAUAUAUAUAUGUAUAUUUCUUUUUUUUGUGUAUCAUAAUUAUGCUUUGAUUGUGACUUCCCUCCUA